CAUUUGUGGAAUUUCUUGCCUUCUUAAUGGGGUAGGGACCAUCAUUUGUGUUGUGCAGAAGUCAGGUUGGUACACAGAUGACAGCCCUAUUUGACAACUGUUAGAAUUCAUAUUAUGGCUAGAACCAAUCAGCUAAGUAAAGAGAAACGACAGUCCAUCAUUACUUUAGGAACUGAAGGUCAGUCAGUCUGGAAAAUUGCAAAAACUUUGAAUGUGUCCCCAAGUGCAGUUGCAAAAACCAUCAAGCGCUACGACGAAACUGGCUCACAUGAGGACUGCCCCAGGAAAGGAAGACCAAGACUCACCUCUGCUGCUGAGGAUAAGUUCAUCCGAGUCACCAGCCUCAGAAAUCGCAAGUUGACAGCACGUCAGAUUAGAGCCCAGAUUAAUGCCACACAGAGUUCUAGUACCAGACACAUCUCUACAUCAACUGUUCAGAGGAGACUGCGCGGAUCAGGCCUUUAUGGUCAAAUAGCUGCUAAAAAAUCACUACUAAGGAAAAGCAACAAGCAGAAGAGAUUUGUUUGGGCCAAGAAACACAAGGAAUGGACAUGAUGGUCUGAUGAGUCCAAAUUUGAGAUCUUUGGUUCCACCCGCCAUGUCUUUGUGCGACGCAGACAAGGUGAACGGUUGGUCUCUACAUGCAUGGUUUCCACCGUUAAGCAUGGAGGAGGAGGUGUGAUGGUGUGGGGGUGCUUUGCUGGUGACAUUGUUGGGGAUUUAUUCAAAAUUGAAGGCACACUGAACCAGCGUGGCUACCACAGCAUCCUGCAGCGACAUGCCAUCCCAUCUGGUUUGCAUUAAGUUGAACCAUCAUUUAUUUUUCAACAGGACAAUGACCCCAAACACACCUCCAGGCAGUGUAAAGGCUAUUUGACCAAGAAGGUGAGUGACGGAGUGCUGCGCCAGAUGACCUGGCCUCCACAGUCACCUGACCUAAACCCAAUCGAGAUGGUUUGGGAUGAGAUGGACCGCAAAGUGAAGGCAAAAGGGCCAACAAGUGCUCAGCAUCUCUGGGAACUCCUUCAAGACCACUAAGAAAACCAUUUCAGACCCGACGGAAGUGAAAGAUGAAAGUCAAGAACUGAACGGGGUGAAAGAGACGGCUCAUAAUUUAAGUGGGGAAGAGUCUUCAAGUUGCUCAGAGACUGAAAAGAAUGUUUCACAAAAAAGAAUGGAACCUAAAAGCUCUUUCACUUGCUCUCAAUGUGGAAAGAGUUUCACACGUAAAGGACACCUUGAGGUUCACAUGGUAAUUCACACUGGUGAGAGGCCGUACACGUGCCCUCAGUGUGCAAAGAGUUUCACAUGCAAAGGAAGCCUUAAAGAUCACUUUAGGAUUCACACAGGUGAGAGGCCUUUUACCUGCCCUCAGUGUAGCAAGAGUUUCACAAAUUCAGGAGGCCUUAAGAGGCACAUACGAAUUCACACAGGUGAGAGGCCUUUCACUUGCCGUCAAUGUGGAAAGAAUUUCCCAAGUUCAGGAGAGCUUAAGAGACACAUAAGAAUUCACUCUAGGGAGAGGCCUUUUACCUGCCCUCAGUGUGGAAAGAGUUACAAACAAAAAGAAGUUCUUAGGGAACAUGCCAAAAUUCACACAGGAGAGAGGCCUUUUGCAUGCAUGUUGUGUGGGAAGAGUUUCACACAACAGAGCACCCUAAAAGUUCACAUGAAGGUUCAUUCUGGAGAGAAAUUACACCAGUGCCCUGAGUGUGGCAGGAGAUUUUCAGAGGCCUGCAAUCUCAAAACUCACCUGCUGUCUCACACUGGAGAAAGACCAUUUAACUGUGAGAGGUGUGAUAAGAAGUUUUUCUUGGCCGUACACUUAAAGACACACAUGAGGAUUCAUGAAGAUGAAAGGCGUUACGUGUGUUCAUUUUGUGGGAAGAGUUUUCUGUGGCUGCAUGGUUUUAAAGACCAUCAGAAAACACAUAUUGGUGAGAAACCCUACGUGUGCUUGGACUGUGGGAAAACCUUUGCUAGAGCUGCAGAAUUGAAAGUGCAUGAAAGGAUCCACACUGGAGAAAAACCUUACAAGUGUUCACAUUGUGAAAAGAGCUUCACCCAGUCAUCAGGCCUGAAAGUACACGAGCGAGUGCACACCGGAGAGAAGCCGUACCUCUGCCCUUCGUGUGGAAAGACUUUUAGCCGAUAUGGUAGUCUAGGAAAACAUUUAAAGAAGGCUUGCCCAAAGUUGAGGAAGUGAGCAGAGUUCACCAUAAAGUUCAACAUUUUGAUGGAUUUUUUGCCCCAACAAAAUACAAUUUAAGGUAUUGAAGGGAGGUCAAAGUAUUCAGGAAAAAAUCAAUGUCUCAAAUUGUGCAGGUGUACUUUUAUAUUAGUGAAUACAAAUAUCCCAUAUUAUUAUUAUUAUUAUUAUUAUUUGCAUGUGGUAGCAUUUAUCAACUAUACCAAUAUCAGUGUAUGGUAAAACUUUACUAUAAGUUUAAAUUUCUUAACAUUAGUAACUACAUUAGUUAACAUGAACUAACAAUGGAAAAUAUUUCUUAAGCAUUUAUUAAUCUUAGUUCAUGUUGUAUAUGUUAAUAUUAUUUAUUGGACCUGAGCUGACAUGAACUAACUGUGAACAGUUGAAUUUGUAUUAAAUAACAUUAACAAAGAUUAAUAAAUACUGUAACAAAUGUGUUGCUCAUUGUUAAAGUUAGUAAACUAGUGUGACCUUAUUGUAAAGUGAUGCCCAGUGUAUUUAUCUUUAAUACAUUUAUAAAAUGUAAUAUUGUAAAUAAUCUCUUAAGUACUGAAAAAUAAGUAUGAUUGGUUUUUAUUGCAAAAAACAAUCAAGCUUGAAUUGUGUUCGUUUGUGCUCAAGUAGAGUACAUUAAUUGUGUAAAUUAGUCACUUAAUGGACUAAUAAACAAGAACUAAUAUGUAGUUUUAGUGUUCCUAGCCAUGUAUAAAAUUACCAGCAAAAGAAAGGAGCAUGCAAGGAGCACAGAGAACAAAUUUACUUCAAAUGAACAUUUUUUUUUUUUUUUUUACAUUAAUAUCUUCAUUUUAACUUUAUUGUAAUACUGUUUAUUCCUGCCUUGAUGGAAGCAUUAAAUGUUGUCGUUUUAUAUUUAAUUAACCUGUACUGGUUUAUAGCAACUAUAUAAAGUAGAACCAUUUAAUUAAUGUGCCUUUAAAUUCCCAUUUUCACCACCAGAUGGAGCCCUUACCUCAAGCCUGAAACUGAACAGGAAGCUCGCUGUUUCCUGCUAUCCGAUUUACAUCUUUUGUUUUGUCAUGUGUUUGCAGAGCCUGAACAUUUUCACCACUAUUAUCAUAUUCACAAUCAUCUGUAUUUUGCCUGUAUCACUCGAAGAUAGAGUACUCAUUUGGAUUUGUUUGCCUUGUCUGUCUGGCUUCAGUGGCUUGUGUUUAUUAAUGGUGUCUGCCUUCUGACCUUUGCUCUGAAUUGUGUGUAUUGAAAUAUUUGACAGUCACUUUAAUAAAAUGAAGGACAUGAUUUCCAAA